AUGAUCCAGACGUACCAGCCGCCCAUCAUGGAGGUGGGCCAGGACACGCUGCCUGAGCUGCAGCGCAUCUUCACGUUCCUGAACAGCCACUCGAACAAGCUGUACCAGGAGGGCUACUUCCUCAAGUUCCACGACACAGACACCCGUGGCCGUCCGGCCCAAGACAGGAAGUGGCAGGAGUACUUUGUCCAACUCGUGGGCACCAUCAUGUCCCUGUGGGAUGCGAGCGAGCUGGAUCAGGUUGGCGGCGAUCGCGAAGUAGUUCCCACGUUCAUCAACCUCACUGAUGCUGCAAUUCACAUGAUCCCCUCCAUGACUCUGAAAGACGGCAAGAAGCUCGACCACAUCCUCAGCGUAUCCACGGCCGCAAGUAACAAGUACCUGCUCCACUUCGAUUCGUACCACGCCCUGACACAGUGGACCGCCGCCAUUCGACUCGCCAUGUACGAGCACACAACGCUGCAGGAGGCAUACACUGGGUCUUUGAUCGCAGGAAAGGGCAAGUUCUUGAACAACAUCCGCAUAAUUCUGGCCCGAGAGAACGCCAAAUAUGAAGACUGGGUCAGAGUGCGCUUCGGUGCAGGCACUCCUUGGCGCCGUUGCUGGUGUGUGGUUAGCCCGCCAGACCAGAAAGAGUACGCCAAGCUGCAAAAGGACCAGAAGAACAAGAAGAACGCCUACGAGAAGCAGACGGUGCUGAAGGGCGACAUCAAGUUCUACGAGACGAAGAAGAUUACCAAAAAGACAAAGCCGAUUGCAACGGUCAAGGACGCAUUCGCGUGUUACGCCAUUUAUCCCCAGUCGAAGCCGCUCAUCGAUUCAUCGACUCUGGUAAAGAUCGAGGGAAAGAUUACUGUACACUCUCAGCCAGAGACCACCACCGAGGGUUUCGUCUUUGUUAUGCCUGAGUCGCGACCUGCUGUCACGGGCUUCGAGAUCAUGCUGCAAUUCCUCUUCCCAGUAUUCGACACUUUCAAUCUCUACGGGCGACCGAAGAAGCUGAUUGCGGACGUUUUGGACACACGCGGUCUCAUGUUCGCAAUGCCUUCUGACAGGCGAUAUGGAUACCUUGAACUUUGGGAUGUGACUGGCUUGAUCAACAAGGACGGUAGCCAGACGUGGUCUGAGAGACAGUGGAGGAAGCAACUGAAAGACCUGACAUCUACUCGCAUGAACGCGUUGCCCGACUCUGACCGCAGUACAGGGCCUGGAGGCCGAAGGAACACCGUCAGUCGAGCAGGCUUCGCUCCUUCGGUUCGCAAUCUCAGAUUCCAGGAUGGUGGCUCCAUUCGUUCGCAGCCUUCUACUCGACAGCCCUCGCCCGCAAGGGAAGUCAACUUUGACCCACAAGGACCCCGCCGUGUGGACUCUGCGCCACCAACAGGCCCCUUCGCAACUCCUCGCCAUCAGCGAUCAGUCUCUGAGACUGUGCACAAUCUUCAUAAGACUCCCUCGCGCCUGGCGCAACAGCAGAGUAUGGACGACAACGACAGACCGCCGACUCCACCACAACACGGUGUUGUAUACAACGGGACUCCCCAGAAUAGUUCGACCCAAUAUCUUGAAAGUUCUGAUACCGACGAAUCCCCUGGUCAUGAACCUCAAAAUCUGCCUGAGCUUCCAGUCGCAGCCUCCGCGCCACCUGUCGGUCCAGUAGAUCAGCCGCCUUCCUUUGCACACGCUUCGAACCAGAAGCCGCCUGUUCGACCUUCCGUGCCCGGGUCCGCCAUCAAGCCGAACCCGCACGUUGAUCAUGCUACACUCAACCAAAUGGCUGAUGCAACAAAUACACCUUUGCUAGCCGGUAUUGCGGCAGCUGGUGCGGCGGCAGCCUGGAAGAGCCAGGAGAGUCUGCACAGCAGAAGGAGCGGGGAAUAUGGCGCGGACCGUGGGCAACAGAUGUAUUUGAACGCACCUCAGCGGCCUGCCCCUCGCGAGGAUCGUUCGCAGAACAGGAUGCCCACGAUUCCUGCAUCGCCGUACGUUGAACACGCUGAAUUCGUGCAGCCACCCCAAGGAUAUGAACCUGUAGCACCUCCUGUGCCAGAGCAUGGCGAGCCAUUGCCAUCCCAAGUGAGACAAGAACUCCCCCAUCGCCCGCAUUCUGGUAGCAGCGGCGGUCAGAUUACCCGUAAACCAGUCCCAGGUCGGUCUCCCUCCUUUUCGCAGCGCUCGACCACUAGCUCAAGUCUUGGUAGUUUACGACAGGACGUAAUUGAUCCUGAAGCUCUUGACGCCCUGAAUCAGACAGAAACCUCACUAUUCAGGCAGCAAAGCGUAUCAAGCAGUCGCUAUGACGACGAUGCUAUUUCAACGUCAACUCCAGACUAUGCUAGCACGCAUAGCGAAGAGAUAGUGGUACGGAAGCUGCCUGCAAGAAGAGAGGAUCGACCUCGCAGUGGUGUCUUGAGGACGAUCGGCGAUCCAAGUCUGUUGCCUCAGGCGGAUACAUCUGCUGGAGCGUCACACCCGACAUUAGACCCCAGAGUCCAACCCUCGGCCGACAUGCCUUCGAUCGAUUUCGGACCAACAUAUGCUCUGGGCUUCAACGACAAGCGUCCGGGAACGAGCGGUACAAUAACCCCUGGGCAGGUGAUGCAGGGCACUGAGUUUUCGCGUUCAAAAGAGAACCUUGCACCUUCUCCCAACGAAAUGCCUAAUCGCAACUCCUACAUAUCGUCUGGAAGAACCACACCUAACACUGCGUUGCACAUGCGCAGUAUCUCAGCAUCUCCAAAUGACUUGGAGACACGACAAGUUGCAUGGCAACCUGCUAUGGCAUCUCCUCGAAAGUCGAGCGCACACAAGCUUGAUGCUGAGGAAUGGGUGAUGCAUCGCGCUGCUCAACAGUCCCCUGGCCUGAUGAACUACGCUAGACAAACACCACCUCCCAUGAACCGUACACGAUCUGGCGACUGGGCUCAUAUACAGCGUACUCCGGAAGGCCCUCCUUCACCUGCUGCGCGACCGUCUAGUAGACUCACGCUUAGCAGGCCCCCUUCCCGAGGUGCAGAGCUCUUGCUCGACGCGAAGCCUACCACAUUGUCUGCUCGCGAACAAGAGCAGGUCGCUCGUAUGACUGGCACGCCCUUACUCGAUAUGUCGACCAGCUCCAAGAAACACCAACAGCAGCCGUCGCAAGGUCUGACAGGCUACAUCGAUUUCCGCGAGAAGGAGAAGGCAGCCGCAAAGCAGCAGAACCGUCAUUCUGCAGCUAUGCAAGCUGAGAUUGACAAGCGAAUGAUGCAACAAAAUCAGCGACAGAUGCAGGAACAGCAACGCCAGAUGGAAGCCCGACAACGUCAAAUGAUGGAGAUGCAGAACAUAAACCAGCAAAUGGCUAUGGCGCAAAGCAUGUACGCGCAGAGCAACUAUGCACCAAGCAUGAUGGGCACACCGCAAGGCCUGGGAACUCCUACCGGCAUGCCUGGCAUGGCUUACUCUACACCUAGUCAGGCGCAGAUGUACGCUCAACAAGGGUAUUUUCCUCAGCAGCAAAUGACACCGCAGAUGCAGAUGCCUGGUGGUUGGAUACAGACACCUGCACAAUCCAUGCAGGGUCAGUAUUUCUCACAGCAACAGCCCCAGCAGCAGCAACAGUACAUGCAGCAGGACCAGAACUACCCACCAACAAGGCCAUACGGGCAACAGCAGCAACGGAGGUAUUAG